UUGCCAUUCUAGUUCUUAAAUUCUCUCUCUCUUGUUCUCUUAUAUCAAAGAAUCUAUCCAAUCCAACACAAUGGCGGCCAUCUUUGAGCAUAGAAAGAUUGAGAGCAAUGACCUUGGAAAUGAUGAACUGAAGUUUCCAGUUGAUGCUAUCUUGACAAAUCUUUCACCUGAAGAUCACAGCAAUUUAUCAAGCGGCAAGAGCCCGGAGUUGGUGGUUAAAGACGAUCAGGGGGGUACUCACAGGCUUACCAUCAAAAAUCAGAGCGGCAAGAUAUGUUUCACUUAUGGUUGGAAGAAGUUCAUAAACGAGAAAGCCAUAAAAAAAAAUGAUGAGAUCAGCCUUUACAGAGAAGAUAACCACUUCGACCCUGGCGCUCAGUGUACGUACAGGAUUGAAGUGAAGAAGGCUAAAAGGGAUCGUUAGUUGGAUUUUAUAUAUCCUUAAUUCACUUAUCUCAAAUAAAACGAAAGUGAUUGUCAGUUAAGCCCAUGAUUUAGUUUGUGAUAUUUUGUUAUCCUUUAGUUUGUGUUCUGUUCAGUCUGUUGUCUAGACUCUAGGGUGAUGUUUUUCUGCAGCUAUAUUAUCAUGUGAAUUAUUACCGUGUUUGUAUGGUUGCAUCAUUAAAACAAGGAAAGACAG